GCUGCGGUGCUGGAGUAGUCUACACUCGUCGCCUGAUAGUUCCAGCCAAAACGGAACAUCGAACCUUUUUUAUUUUAUUUAUUUGGUUCGAUUUAAAUCCUCUUCUCACACAAGAUGUGACUCUUUUCAAAGAACAGACUAAUACCUUAGAAUAUCCAUGUCGUUCAGGAUAGCUGGGAGAGAGAACGUCAAUGGUUUUUCUACGAAUGGAAGUUAUUUGUUGUGAAUUGUUUUGAAUAUGUUAUUCCGAAGUGAGUUUGUUUUUUGUUUGUCUCCGUUCGUCGUGGACCUUUAAUUUGGAAUCUAACGACGAAAUCCAGAUCGUCAAGGGAAACCCAAAGCGAGGAUUCUACAAAGCCAGAGAGCUCACAGACCGAGGAUUUAAAUUGUUUGGUGUGCUCCGGGAGAAGCGAGAGUCAAAGAAAGAAAUUCAUGUGGCCAUUCUCUCUUUAGCAAAACAUUUUGGAUUGCAGAAUGAGCAAGGAAAGACCUAAGAGGAAUAUCAUCCAAAAGAAAUACGAUGACAUAGAUGGGAUCCCCUGGUCAGAGGAGAGGGAUGUGAGGAAGGUGCUCUAUCUCUCCCUGAAGGAGUUCAAGACUGCUCAGAAAAGGCAGCUUGGAGAUGGAACCAAAUACACAAAUGGUUCCCAUGCCCGUGGCCAGCUCAACGGCUUGGGGCAGAAGGGCCACAAGGCUGACGGGUUGCGGUUCCAGAGCACCGAUGGCAGCAGCGAGUACUCUGGGGAUGGUCCUGCCAAGAAGAGGCCCAGACUGCAGGCGCAGAGGAAGUUUGCCCAGUCUCAGCCCAACUCUCCCAGCACCACCCCGGUCAAGGUGUCUGAUGCCGCCCUGCCCGCCCCCUCCGCUCACAUCAGAGACAUCUCCAGACGGAAACCCAAGACUGAGGACUUCCUCACCUUCCUCUGCCUGAGAGGUUACUCCUCCUGGCCAAAUGAAGGUUUGUCAGCAUUGCCCAGUAACAUGGCGUACUUUGGGAGCUCUCAGGAUGAAGAUGAGCUAGAUGACGAUGAAGAGGAAUACGAGGAUGUGAAGCCAGACAUCAGCGUGGCGUCUACUUCCUGUCAGUCCACGCCCAGGAAGGGCAAACCCCCAGGGAAACAUGCCGUCAACGGCCACGUGUUGGAUGGCCACAGCAAGUCACCCCGGGACAGCCACAAGCCCAGAGGGAAGGAGUGGGUGCAGGUGAGGGAGCGCAGUGAGAGGGCCGAGGCCCGGAGGGAGCAGGCCCUCAGCCAGCCAGAGGCCACAGCCAGGGGCCACACUACCAAUGGACUGUCUCACAGGAGGGCUGCAGAGGAGCCCCGCAAGCAGGUCUUUAAAGUGAACGGCGUCACACGGCUCUCCCAGCCAGGCGUGCACACGGCCGGUGCCCAAAAAACAAAAGACUUCAGACUGCCGUCCAAAACUGUGAAGGGCCAAGUCACAUACACCAAAGCAAAACGAGAACUGGUCAAGAAAACCAAACUGAACCACCGCAAACACAGCACUGCUGCUUCCCAUAGAGCCAAUAGCAACAAUCACCACCGCCACCAGCGACUCCCCCUCUCCAACUCAGGAAAAGCCCAGAAUAGCAAAGCAAAAACACGCAAACAGGUGCUAUUAUCCAAUGGGGUGUACAAGGUGGCUAACGGGGGCGGUGUGCGCCUCAACGGUCGCCUCUGUGCCAAGCAGGAGGUGGGCAGGCAGGGGCGUGAGGGGCUGAGGAACUCCAAGCGGAGGCUGGAGGUGGCGGUGGCUGCCAUCGGGGCGGUGGCUGACUCCCAGGGUCAGCUGGUCAUCCUGGAGAAUAACCCCAACCCUAAGAAGACAAAACAGCACCAGACUAGCCCUCUGGAAACACGCAGUAAGAAAGCAUGUCAGGACAAGACCUUGGUCCCCAACGGACACAUUGUCAUGGAAACCACCCCUCCCCCGACCCUGCUAGCCCCACCCCCUCCCCCGACUCCUCCCGCCACACCACCAGCCAAUCCAGAGCCAGAGCGUCAGCGGCCCAAGCGGGCAUCAGCCGGCAAGCUGAUGUUCAUCAGACAAGCACAGCAGCGGGGCCGGGCCUCUAACCCGAACCACAACCGCUCAACUACCUCAGAAUCCCCUUGCCACACUUCUGGACACAACCCUGGACAUAUCCCUCACAAACCAGCAGAGCCCCGGCCUGACAGGGAGUGGGAAAGGGAGAAGGAGAGAGAGAGGGAGAGGGCGGAGAGGAGCAGGGUGAGCUGGGCGGCGUUGGGUGAGGCGCCAGUGUUCUGUCCCACCCAGCGGGAGUUCCAGGACCCCCUGGUGUACCUGGACUCUGUGCGGGAGGGGGCGGAGCCCUGCGGACUGUGUCGUGUGGUUCCCCCGGCUGACUGGCGCCCAGAGUGCAAACUGAACGAUGAGAUGCGCUUUGUGACCCAGGUGCAGCGCAUCCACAAGCUGGGCCGUCGCUGGGGCCCCAACGUACAGAGGCUAGCCUGCAUCAAGAAGCAUCUCAAAUCUCAGGGCAUCACCAUGGAAGACCCCCCGCUCAUCGGUGGCUGUGAGGUUGACCUGGCUCGGUUCUUCCAGCUGAUUAAUGACAUGGGCGGUAUGCAGCAGGUGAUGGACCUGAAGAAGUGGAGUAAACUGGCUGAUCUGCUGCGGAUCCCCAAGUCAGCCCAGGACCGUCUGGCCAAGCUGCAGGAGUCCUACCUCCAGUACCUGCUGUCGUAUGACUCUCUGUCCCCCGAGGAGCACCAACGCCUGGAGAGGGAGGUGCUGCAGGAGAAGGAGGGCUUGGAACGCCUCAGGGGGCCCCUGGAGGGCCACACAGAGAGGAACCUGGCCCUGCCGCGCUACGAGCCUAAGAACGGGCUGGCCGGCAGUCUGGUGCAGCGCAGCAACGGUCAACUGUGCAGCCGGCUGAAGGAGCUGGACAGUCAGCAGCUGAAGGUGGGACGCCGGAGGCUGUUCGCUCAGGAAAAGAAUAAUGGGGACACGACACAGCAGGAGGAAGAGGAGGCGGAUAUGGAGAAAGGUGUUCUCAGUGACCAGCACAAGUGUAUUUACAAGGGGAAAUCUGUAUCUCUCACAAACUUCUUUAGGAUAGCCAGGAACACCAUGACCAUGUGCUUUAACAAAGAGCCCGGUGCUGCUGAGGUCGAGCAAGAAUACUGGAGGAUAGUGGAGCAGAGGCACUGCCAUGUGGCAGUGCAUUAUGGGAAAGUGGACACCAACACACACGGAAGUGGCUUCCCUGUGGGAAAGUCCGAGCCAUUUUCUAAACAUGGAUGGAACCUCACUGUCCUCCCAAAUAAUUCUGGAUCCAUUCUGCGGCAUCUUGGAGCCGUGCCCGGGGUGACCAUUCCCUGGCUGAACAUCGGCAUGGUCUUUUCUACCUCAUGCUGGUCUCGAGACCAAAACCGCCUUCCAUACAUUGAUUACUUACACACUGGUGCUGACUGCAUUUGGUAUUCUGUUCCUGCUGAAGAGAAGGUGAAGCUUGACAAGGUGGUUCACACACUGCUGCAGGCCAACGGGACCCCUGGGCUGGAGAUGCUGGAGAAGAACAUCAUGAUCUCUCCGGAGGUGCUUUGUCAAGAGGGUAUCAAGGUCCACCGCACCGUCCAGCAGAGUGGUCAGUUUGUGGUCUGCUUCCCUGGGACCUUUGUGUCCAAGGUCUGCUGUGGCUACAGUGUGUCGGAAACCGUUCACUUUGCCACCCCCCAGUGGAUGAACCUGGGAUACGAGGCUUCUAAGGACCUUAAAUGCCGGCACAUAGCCAAACCCUUCUCCAUGGAGAAGUUACUCUACCAGAUCGCCACGGCCGAAUCGAAGCGCGAGAACGGACACCUUCUGACAACAAUCUCCGCUCUUCUCAAAGACCUCAGGAACAUAGAGAUGAGACAACGGCAGGAACUGUACGAGGCGGGGCUUCUGUCUUCUGCCCGCUACGGAACACACGACAACAACCUGGUGCCCGGCGACGGACGCAAGAAACCCAGGAAGUGGCUGGCGCUAGAGUCCUCAGAGAGACGCUGCCAGACCUGCCAACACCUCUGCUACCUGUCCAUGGUGGUCCAGGAGAAUGAGAACGUGGUCUUCUGUCUGGAGUGUGCUCUGAGAUACGUGGAGAAUCACAAGUCCUGCAGAGGCCUCAAGAUGAUGUAUCGUUAUGAUGAGGAGCAGAUCAACAGCUUGGUGAAGCAGGUGUGCGGCAAGGCCCUGGGGAAGACGACUGAGAAAUGUAACGGUGCGAGCCCCUUUAAACCACCACCCAAACGCGGUCCCCGGAAGAGAGCCACCGUGGAAGUGUCCCUGUCCCGCCUCUCCUCCCACCUGUCUCCCGCAGCCGUCUCCUAAGGACGUUAACACCCCCCACUGCCCCUCCAUCUUAGUUUGGCCAAUCACUGUUGUCCUUUUUAAAGAAAGAAAAAAUAUUUCCAGCUUUUAAUGCCCCAAAUCUCCCCUACCUAUGCCCCUUACCAUAACAACCCCCCCCCCCCAAUUAGUAUGGCAAACUUGUGAAAGCAAACUGUAUUUUUUGCACUAGCACAGAAAAAACUAUUUUUCAGUUUAUUUUUUUUUGGCGGGGGGGGGGGUUAGUUGAUGUCGUCCUUAGCAUUAAUUGAAAAGUUCACCGGUAAAUGUUGUGCCCCUUGCACUGCCCCCCUCUACACUUUUUGAGGAUAGGGUCAGAUUGGUCUUCCCUACCCACACUGCAGUCACACCCAUCGCCACCUGUCAACUGUGAACAAAGGCACGAACAGAGAAGGUGCUCCUUUUUUCAUAUUUUAUUGAAAGUAGAACCCAAAGUUUGCUCUCGUCUUUAGUUUUUGAAGAUGAAUUGUUUAUAUUCUCCUUUUUCACCUGCAGCAGCUCCUGUUGUUCAGGGUCUGUUGCUCCCUAACCCACGCCAGGUAAAACUUGAAAGGCAGAUGUUUUGGCUUGCUUGUUAUUAUUUUGGAUUUUAGCUUUGAUUUUAGUCUUCUGUGUUUAUUUUGUCGUUUUGUUCCUUGGUGGCUGUGGAACUAGCGGUGCCGUGGCUGUAUGUCAGAAAUACAGACCUCGGUGCCGUGGCUGUACGUCAGAAAUACAGCCUGGUGUGCCGUAUGUCAGAAACACAGACCUCGGUGCCGUGGCUGUACGUCAGAAAUACAGACCUAGGUGCCGUGGCUGUAUGUCAGAAACACAGACCUAGGUGCCGUGGCUGAUCGUCAGAAACACAGACCUAGGUGUCGUGGCUGUACAUCAGAAAUACAGCCUGGUGUGCCGUAUGUCAGAAACACAGACCUAGGUGCCGUGGCUGUACGUCAGAAAUGCAGACCUAGGUGCCGUGGCCGUAUGUCAGAAACACAGACCUAGGUGCCGUGGCUGUACGUCAGAAAUGCAGACCUGGGUGCCGUUGGUCUCUACCCGUAGUAGAAGGGAGGCCUCCUUCGCUAGCGAGUGAAAACUGUGCCUAAUACUCAGCAAGGAGAUCCAUCGUUUUUGGUGCUGUUGGUUAUUAUUACUGUAUAACAAUACAAAAGAAAGGUGAGGUGCUGGCUAACUACUACUCUCCUCUCCCACAGGGAUGAGGUUCAAGGUUUUCAUGUCCCACAGGGUUAGGGUUCUAGGCUCUCUUCUCCCACAGGGUUAGGUUAGGGUUCUAGGCUCUCCUCUCCCACAGGGUUAGGCUAGGGUUCUAUGCUCUCCUCUCCCACAGGGUUAGGUUAGGGUUCUAGGCUCUCCUCUUCUAGAUGUGCAAUCAUGUUAACAUUCCAUUCUUCCAGUCCUAUUGUUUCAGCUGUACCAGUAAACAUGACUUAUUUUAUGAUUAUUUUAUAUUUUUAUUGUGUAUGCGUUCUGAUGUGCGUGUAGAACCACUAGUCAAAGGGUGUAAAAUGUGAACUAUGGAAAUCCAUGUUGUUUUUUUGCUUUUGCAUUUUCCCUUUUUCAGAUGUAUUAUGUUUGAUUUUAGGAGACAGUCCAACACAAAAACAAACUUUUGUACAUAAUCCUGUAAAUGUCUUUAAAUACUUGAGCCUUUUCUGGGGUGAAGGAAGGAAUGAUGCCUCUAAAGGUAUUAGCGGAAGCAAGGGAGGAAGUGCUUGAUGAAGAAAAAGCCUUACGUUUCAGUUUCUUCAUGUGUGUGAGUUUGAUGCUUACAGGGUUGCUCUGGUUACGUGUAUACAUUUAAGUGCUGCUUACAUCAGUGAGAAAGAUAUGGAGAAGCAAUGGCCCCCUAUUUUAUUUUUAUUUUUUAGCUUUACUUUUUUAAAGAAAAGAGAAAAUAUGUUCAUAAAAAAAAUUGUUUUAAAUUUUCAUUACUGAAAAUUCAACAAUGUAGUAGCUCAUGUUGCACUGAGCUUGCCAGUGGUGGCUGACAAGGUGAUCCUAUUAUCAAGUUUGUUGGUUGUUGUCCUUUACAGAAGACUGAACUGUUUUAGGAGUAUUUAAUGAAAACCAAGUUUGGUGUUUUCCACAGAAAGUGGUUGUCAAGUUUUUAUGGCCUUACAAUGUAUUUUAUUCAGAUUUUUUUUUUUUUGCAUUUUCUUUUUCUACAGUAUAAACUAUUGCUCACGGUCGGUCUGGCAAGUUAAUUUAUUAGCGAUGCGUCUCCAACUUUCCUUCCACUUGGAAAGAUUUCAUGUUGGUUAUAUUGCCAGUUUUUUUUUACUUUUGCAGUUUGUACUAAAGGUUUAAUAAAAACGUACAGACAA